AAACGUACCCUUAAUGUAGCCGAGCGGAAAAAGGAAAUUUAUGCCACCUGAUCAUUUUGACAGUUCUUUCACAGCUGUCAUUGCAAAAGUUUGUGGUUGGACGUAUUGUUUUCGUCGUUGUGGCCUUUAUUAGAUAUUUAAUUAAUUUCUACCUAUAAAAUAGACAUACAAUUGUGCAUAAUUUGUAUUCAGAAUUUAAAUUUCCCGCUGUGGAAUUUGUGGUAUACAAAAGUCGAUUACCGGUAAAGCUAAAGUAAUGCAGCAAAGAGCACUGUCGUUGUUGGGUGCUCCACGCUUUUCUCUUUCACCUAUCCCAUUAUCAAAGAACGCUAUUCAGUUCACAUUAAUCAUUUCCUUUUGCGGUUCGUGUACGCGUCGCUUAAGUUGCAUUUAAUCCGUGGUCGUUUGUGGUGUGAGCAGUCUUCUGCCACACACUGCGCUGCGUUGACCACGCAGUCGACGUUUAGUUCGAUCACUUGUGGCCACUGCGGCUUCACACCUUAUAAUAUGGAUAUUCAGAACGAUUUGAACAUAAUUAGGAAGUAUCGUAAAUCAUUAUUCCAUCUCACCAUGAUAACCUCCAUUGUUGCUGCUGCCACAAUAACUAAUGUCUUGGGAAGUGCCAGUGUUGAGAGUGCGAAAGAAAUAGAUGAACAACCUAUGUUGCAGUUGGAUCGUCGUCCUGCUGCUAUACCCUACUGCGAUGAUGAUAACCCAGAUAGCACCAUUUCUCGAAGACUCUUGUACAUAACCACGCUGGACGGACGCUUGUCAGCGCUUGAUGUCGGUAAAGGCGGUAAAUUACGUUGGAGUGUGCCAACCGGUCCGGGGCCACUCAUAUCGUCAAGCAUUCACCGCCUUGAAUUGACCAACAAUGGACAAUUUGUGCGUAUGAUACCAUCACUGAGUGGUGGUAUCUAUAAAUUUGAUGGUGAAUCUAUUGAUCCGAUACCUAUAACCACCGAAAAUUUGCUCAGUUCUUCGGCGAAAUUCUCUGAUGAUCUGGUCAUUUCGGGUGGCAAGGAGACCCGCACCUAUGGUGUGUCUUUGCGUACUGGACAACUAUUAUACGAAUGUUCCAUGCAUGGUUGUAUCAAUUCGACAGAUGUCAGGGAGGCGGCUUUGAAUGAUGAAGAAAAUAGUAGAAAUACUGUUGGUGGCCAGGAGAAAAUGGAACAUGAUCCACUUAUUGACGAUGUAAUGGUUGUGCGUCGUCAAACACAAACCGUACGAGCUGUGGAGUCACGUACCGGUGUUGAACGUUGGAAUUUUAGCGUUGGUCAGCAUGAAUUGAAUAUUAUUAAGCCAGCUGAGUGUCACGAUCGUCCAUAUAGUGACAUGGAUAUGGAUAUGUUAGAUCUGGAUAUAAGAGUGGUGGUGCCAGAGGGUGUUAUCUGUGCGUUCAGCAAGUCAAAUCCGAAUGUAAUGCUGUGGAAAUAUAAGUUCGAUCAUCCCAUUGUGAGCGGUUGGAAACUUAGUGCCGAUGAUGAACUAGAAAUGAUAGAUAUGUUCAGCUCAGCUCAGUGGAUGUGGGAUCACGAAGAGAACAUAUUUGAACCACCCAUAAAUGCUAUGAGUCCUGCAAUUUAUCUGGGCAUGUACGAUAAACAGUUGUAUAUUCAGGAAUCUGUUAACUUGCGUCGCGAAAUCGAUGAUCAGUCUAAUUUAUAUUCUCAUCUGACUACGGACUCAACAAUGCCUAUAAUACCUUGGCGUCCCAUACCAGCCAGCAGCAACUCAUUGGCCAUACUUAAGAAUGAUAAAGCCAUAACAGAUAGAAGCAAGCCAGAUUCUUCGCAUGAAGUUGCUGUGCUUCCGAACGCCAAUAAUGCAGUGCAGGGCAAUGAGUUAGUACCCUAUGAGGAGGAAAAAUUUGCAGUGGCCGCAAAAUCAGUGCUUAACGGCUCGGAGUUUGUAAAUGGAAAUGGGUUCUAUUUAUAUGCGCGUGAAGAUUCGAAAAUAGAAGAUGAAAAUGCGCAUUGUGAACCCGAUGGGGAAGAGAAUGAGGAGGAUGGAGAGGAUGACGAGGAAGAUUUAGGAAACAGUGGUGAUGGUGAUGCAGUUGGCACAGGUGCAAAUCGUACUAAUCGCACAGUAAGCGAUGAUUUGGGCUUUAGCCUAGACGAUAUCGAUGCACCAGUCAAGGUAGUGAUACUAUCCCUGUGGUUCUGGUGGAAGGAAGUGGUAGUGAUUGCAUUGACCACGGCAGUGUUGGUCAAUCUAUUUAUAGGGCAACGUCAGCGACAAGAGGUAUUGGUGAUUGAACGUCAUGUGCCGGUGCCAACCGCCUAUGAGGCCACCGAACAGUCAACAGUCGCGCUAUUGGGGCCCACAAAUGUUGCGGUAAAUGGCAAUGCUAAUGGAUCCGUCAACGUCCAUCGUUCACUUUCGGAGUCUACCUCCUGCUCGGGUGAUAAUUUCAUUUCGCGAUUUCAGAGUGACUUCGAUUUGAUGCGCUGCCUAGGACGAGGUGGCUUUGGUGUUGUCUUCGAGGCGAAGAACAAAUUAGAUGAUUGCAAAUACGCUGUGAAGCGUAUUACAUUGCCCAAUAAGAAAGAGUCGCGUGAUCGUGUAAUGCGAGAAGUGAAAACCUUAGCCAACUGCGAACACCAGAAUAUUGUGCGCUACUUUCAGGCUUGGGUCGAGACACCACCACCAGGCUGGCAAGAGGAGGAGGAUAGUAAGUGGUUAGCGCACGAAAUGUCGAUGUCCAUACAAAUUGAAACGCCCGAUGGCACAACACUGCCCUCAUUCGAUAAUGUGCCAUCGGCUCAAAUCCCACCGAGACGUCAGUUGCAGGUUGAGCGUAAACGUCAACUACUCUCUUGGAUGUCAAGCUUGAAUAAUACUGAUUGUGGAUCUGAUAAAGAGCACAACAACUGCAUUGACGAAGAUGACGAUGACGAUUCGUGUAUUGUAUUCCGCUCAGAGUCACAGUCGCUGGCGUUGAAGGGAAGAGACGACAGUGAAAGUGACAGCGAAAUCUUAGUUGGAAGCAAAAAUUGCAUUGCCAAGAGAGACCAGCAAGAAAACGGCAAUAGGGCGCAAACAAAUGCCAUUUCAAUUGACAUUCAUUCCAAUUCGUUUGACUUGAGUUUGCAAAAGAACGGCAAGAAUAUCGAUUACACACAACUGUCCGAUUCCUUUCAGAUUGAAUUUGUGCGCUCCGCAAACGGCGACGAAUCAAACGGUGAUAGUGGCUGCGAUGGCCAAGCAAAUGGCGAUGUAUGGACUUCCAGAGAUGCAGACCGUUCGUUUAAUGGUAACAAUUACAAAGCGAGCUCCAAGUCCAAACAACGCCCCAAUUCCUUAGAGCUCGGCAACAUUUCCGUAAAUAUAGACAACAACAAUAGUUGUAAGGCAUUAAUGCCAGCCGUCGCAGUGCUGUCCACACCGAAGCCACAGCAAAACAAAGUAUACCUGUACAUACAAAUGCAACUUUGUCGCAAAGAGAGCUUGCGCGACUGGUUGCGCGAAAAUCGCUGUGAGUCGCGCCAAAGUCAAAUCGCCAGUAUUUUCCAUCAAAUCGUCGAUGCAGUCGACUAUGUGCAUUUGAAGGGACUUAUACAUCGCGACCUUAAACCCAGCAACAUUUUCUUCUCCCAAGAUGGCCAAAUCAAAAUCGGUGACUUCGGUCUCGUCACCGACAUGUCCGACAUACCGAAUAUGGUGACAAAGUGUGGCGAUACAACUGGGCUACCUUCAUGUGCGCGCCAUACGCAACAGGUUGGCACACACCUGUACAUGUCGCCAGAGCAGCUGCGUGGCCAGCACUAUGAUUUCAAAGUGGAUAUCUACUCGCUUGGCCUGAUCUUCUUUGAGUUGCUUGUGUUCUUUGGCACCGAAAUGGAACGUAUUAAAACUCUGCGCAAUCUCAGAGAUGGCAGCUAUCCACAAGAGUUUCCGCUGGCUUUCCCCAAAGAACACGAGCUGCUUAAGUUGAUGUUGUCCAAGUUACCCGCCGAACGGCCAGCGACGGCAGAGCUCAAACUGAAGUUGCUCGACAUACUUAAGUGGCCUGAUUUUACAGUGGGCGAUGGUGAUCCUGUGUCGUUGGUGGCAGCGGCUGCUCGUCGUUAUAGCCGAAGUCGAACAUUUAGCACUAGUGGUGCGUGAAGACUAUAACUAUAAGGAACACAUUUUAUUUUUUACUUAAAUCGAAGAUGUCAUACAUAUUUUGAUUGUCCGUCUAGUUAGUUAGUUUUUAAGUUAAUGUAAUCAUUAGUUAUACGAAUAAUUUUAUUGCGAAAUACAUAAGGAUUUAGAAAACUCGGAAAACAACCUUAAUGAA